GUCUGUUUGUUCGUUGCAAUUAAACGUCAUCCACCACCACCUCUCAAUGCCAUCCGAGCCAAUUUUUCGUCUGCAAUAAUUUCAUCGUCGUACGGAGAACUGACGACGAAUAAGGAGUAAAGAAAAAAGAAACAAUGAUCAGCACGAUGCCAUGGAGAAGUUUCCACUGAAGGGUACACCACCAUCAAGUUCUAUGAACAGAUUACAUGCCAAUCCUCUCACAACCUACAAUUCGGUUGAUGCUAAGAAGGGGAAUGGCAUAGAAACAAGCAUUGACAAUCCAAACUAUCGGAUGGCUAUGGGAAGCAGAGGUGGCAGUUUGAGUAGUGAUGAAGAUAUACUAGAUGGAAAGCAUCAAGGAUCUUCUCAUCAAACUGAUAACACUCAAUCAUAUUACGAACGAAGUAUCAGAAUGGACGAUGCUACCUCACAUUUUUCAGUAGACUCGGAUGAUAUCCCGGGAAUCGGCCAAUACGACGAUUUUCACACGAUCGACUGGCAGAGAGACAUCGCCAGAGAUCGUAUGCACCAUCGCUACAUCUUGAAAAAGAAACACGAUUCGAUAUGGGAUUUGAUCAAAGGAGCUCAUGACGCAUGGUCGGGAUGGCUUUGCGUCCUUAUAGUUGGUCUUAUAACUGGCGUGGUUGCCGGUGUCAUAGAUAUUGGUGCGUCAUGGAUGACCGAUCUCAAGUAUGGUAUUUGCCCACAAGCUUUCUGGCUGAACAAGGAGCAAUGUUGCUGGUCGUACACUGAAACUUCUUUUGACGGUGAUAAUUGCUCGCAGUGGAGGACGUGGCCUGAAGUAUUUAGUAACGCGAAAGAAGGAGCUGGCGCUUACAUUCUUUCGUAUCUAUUUUACAUUGUGUGGGCACUAUUGUUUGCCUCCCUUUCAGCCUCUCUCGUACGAAUGUUUGCUCCUUAUGCUUGCGGAUCUGGUAUUCCUGAGAUUAAAACAAUUUUAAGCGGAUUCAUCAUCCGUGGUUAUCUCGGCAAAUGGACCUUGAUCAUAAAGUCAGUAGGCCUGAUAUUGUCUGUGUCGGCGGGUCUGAAUCUCGGCAAAGAGGGCCCAAUGGUCCAUAUUGCUUGCUGUAUCGGUAAUAUUUUGUCGUAUUUAUUCCCCAAGUAUGGUAGGAACGAAGCGAAAAAGAGGGAAAUAUUAUCGGCUGCUGCCGCUGCUGGUGUGUCGGUGGCUUUUGGUGCGCCUAUCGGUGGUGUACUUUUCAGUUUGGAAGAGGUCAGUUAUUAUUUCCCAUUGAAAACACUAUGGAGGUCUUUCUUCUGUGCUCUGGUAGCAGCUUUUGUUUUGAGAUCAAUCAACCCGUUCGGCAACAAGCACUCCGUUCUAUUUUUCGUUGAAUAUAAUAAUCCUUGGAUAUUCUUUGAGCUUAUUCCAUUCAUAAUUCUUGGUAUCAUUGGAGGAAUUAUUGGAACUCUAUUUAUCAAAGCUAAUUAUCGUUGGUGUCGUUAUCGCAAGUCAUCUAAACUUGGACAAUACCCAGUAACCGAAGUAUUAGUGGUGACUGUUCUUACUGCGGUCAUUGCAUUCCCAAAUCCUUAUACAAGAAUGAGCACCAGUCAAUUGAUUUACUUACUGUUUAGGAAAUGUGGAGCAGCUGACACUAAUAUGUUAUGCAAUUAUCAGCGAAGUUUCGUCGACGCAAAUUCAAUUUACUUGUUGAUCCUGGCAUUUAUUUUCAAAUUCCUAAUGACAAUAUUCACGUUUGGUAUGAAAGUCCCUUGUGGUCUUUUCAUUCCAUCAUUGUGCAUGGGGGCAAUAGUCGGUCGUUUGGUUGGCAUUGGCAUGGAACACUUGGCAUUCACUUAUCCACACAUCUGGAUGUUCGGUGAAGAAUGUUCGACGGAAGACGGGUGCAUUACACCAGGACUUUACGCGAUCGUUGGCGCUGCCGCAGUACUAGGAGGCGUUACAAGAAUGACAGUAUCUCUUGUUGUCAUCAUGUUCGAGUUGACUGGUGGAGUUAGAUAUAUUGUACCUUUGAUGGCUGCUGCAAUGGCGAGCAAAUGGGUCGGCGAUGCUUUAGGCAAACAAGGAAUCUACGACGCGCAUAUUGGGUUGAACGGUUAUCCUUUCCUCGACAGCAAGGACGAAUUCCAACACACGACUCUCGCGGCUGACGUUAUGCAACCCAAGCGCAACGAAACACUACAUGUACUUACUCAAGACUCGAUGACCGCGGAGGACGUUGAAAAUCUACUAAAAGAGACCGAGCAUAAUGGAUUUCCGGUUAUCGUAUCCAAGGAGUCGCAAUAUCUCGUUGGUUUUGUUCUAAGGAGGGACUUGAAUCUCGCACUCGCUAAUGCCAAGCGCAUGCUCGAGGGAAUCAAUCGACAGUCGCUUGUUAUCUUCACCAGUGGAAAUAAUAUUCAGACAUACAGUCAUCCACCGUUGAAAUUGAAAAAAAUAUUAGAUAUGGCGCCAAUUACUAUUACGGAUCAAACGCCCAUGGAAACUGUCGUCGAUAUGUUUAGGAAGCUGGGUUUGCGACAAGUCCUUGUUACGCAUAAUGGGCGUCUGUUAGGAGUCAUUACGAAGAAAGACGUAUUGAAACAUAUAAAACAGCUAGAGGAUGAGGAUCCUAAUUCAAUAUUAUUUAAUUAAUUGUAUUAUUGCACAUAUGAAAGUCCGUAGGCAAAUCAUCACAAAAGAAAACAAGAAAUCAUGCAAUCGAGAUUCAAGAAUAAAUGAGGAAACGAUAGUCUGAUAGUAAUUAUAGGUAUGUUGGAAAAAUUGUUGUUGAUUAAACUUGACUGGUGAACCGUAACAGAACAUCACACUAAAAUUCUGUAAGUAGGAAUGCCGCGAUGAUAUACACGCGCGCGCGCGCGCGCACACACACACACACACACACACACACACACACGAGCGCAUUGAAUGUCUGAUUCAUUAUUCAACUAAUUCUUUAUAGAGUCCAUUUUUAUUUUUAUCUUUAUUAUACAUAGCCAAUUGUGUAAUGUAAUCUAAUUGUAUCGAGUAUAUUGCCGUCGAUGUUCUCGAAUCUCGUUGUUUAUAUACAUGUAGUAAUUGUAAAAAGAAAAACGAAGAAAUCACAAAGUCUCCAAGAAAUGUAUUCGAGUUACAUUGACGUAUUAAUGGCAAAAAAUUAUCAAUAUUUGUAAUUAGGCUUAGAAACAAAAGUUGCGAGAACGUUGAUCCGAGAUAAGGGGAGAUAAAAGAGACGGCAGAUGCGUUAUUUUUCUCAUCGGAAGAUUUGUACUGAUAUUUUAAUCUUGAAUAUGCAAGUAAUUUUAAGUGACGUAUGAAGAAAAAAAUCUUUUUUGCCUGAUUCAUGACAGAUUAUUGAUAAAUUAUGCAUGUAUAUUUUGUAAAAUUUGAAAUUUUUAGAAAGAUCUCUACAAAAUCGAUAAUGAAUUUGUUAAUCUUGCUUCGUAUAAUUGUAAUGUAUAAUCAAAGUGUACAAGUUUAAAACUUCUAGCUCUUUCGAACUACUCGCGAACAGCUUAGUUAAGAAAUGGUUUUAUAAAGAAUAAACUGAGACACUCAAUAAGGUAAUGACAAUUUGUCAUUUGUGUAAUCGGAUGAGAAAUGGUGGAUGAUUUGAGUGUUUUAGGUGAAUAUUGUUGCAAUUAAUAAUAUUGUGGUAUUUGUCUUUGUUGAUUUUGAUUAUAUUCUUAAAUGAUUGUGGUUGUUGUAUAUUUUUUACAGCCUUGAUAAGGGAAAUUUAUUACAUUCCCGAAACAUUGGUAUUAUAGAUUUUAUACACUAAAGUUAUGAUCAGAGCAAUCAGUGAGUACAUGAGCUCAGUUUAUCCUCGAUAAACCCAUUUUUGAACUAAAAAGUACACACGUCUUUUCAACGACUCAAUUUUUUUAACUCUAAAUAGAUGAAAUUCGUUAAAUUAUUAUUCACUGAAUUUUCUUUAUCGUAAUCUAUAUUUGUUUUAUUAUUUUAGAAACAUACAUUUAUAAUCAGGUGGCUUUGAAAUAAACUUUAAUGGUAUUUGCCGUAAGCAGCCUGUUUUUAAGUGCAAAAAUUAUACAGAUCUAUACAAUUGUUUGUUUAAUAAAAGCACAUUUUCAUUAUU